AUGCAAUCUAAAGUAUCAAGAAUAGUAUGCAUUGGAGGUGGACAUUGCAAUGUUCAAGUGAUGAAAAUGCUUAAGCAGGUAAUGCCUGGGAGUGCUAAGAUGACUCUUUUGACAGAAGCUCCAAAUGCUUACUACUCUGGAAUGCUUCCCGGAGCUAUUUCUCAUCUAUACAAAGAUGAAGACAUCUAAAUUCAAUUAAAACCUCUUGCUCAUUGGUGCAAGGCUGAUUACAUUGAAAGAAGAGUUCAUGCUAUUAAUGCUAAUGAGAACAGAAUCAUUCUCGAGGGUGAUGGAGAGGUCUAAUAUGACUAUCUUGCCGUGAAUGUCGGUUCAAGAACCAGGGGUGCAAAUGAGACUAAAGGAGUAAAAGAACACUCUUUAUCCACUAGACCGAUUAAUGAUCUACUUGGAAAAAUUGAACAUAAAGAAGCUCAGCUAAUCCGAGAUAACAUUAUCCCUGAGGUUGUUGUUUGUGGUGGAGGAGCUGCUGGUAUUGAAAUGGCAUUUGGCUUUAAGAGAAGAUGGUCUGAUCUUUUUAAACAAGAAAUCCACGUCUCCAUUAUCUCUGCUGAUCCGACAGUACUUUAUGGCUCAGAUGAAUCCUUAAGAACUGAGAUUAACAGAAAAUUCAAAGAAAAAAAUAUUGAUCUCUAUAUAAACGGGAAGGUAUAAGAGAUUAACGAAAAUUGUGUAAUUUUGGCUGAUGGAAGAGUGAUUCCUUGUAAUGUCGCUGUUUGGGCUACAGGUGCGGAACCUCAAAAAAUGAUUGGCAGAUCAAACUUAGACAUCCUGAAUGGGUACAUUAGAGUUAAUGAUAAUAUGCAGUCUACUUCUCACCCAAAUAUAUUUGGAGGAGGUGAUUGUGUGACAAUGCAAACUUUUGCUGAAAAAAGAUUCCCUCCCAAAGCAGGAGUUUAUGCAGUGAGAGCUGGUCCUUAUAUAGCUUAAAAUUUAGCAAAUUCUAUUAACGGAGUCCCUUUAACAACUUAUGUCCCGUAAUCUGGAUUUCUUGCCUUAUUAAUGACAGGAGACGGUAAAGCAAUUGGAAGUAAGUUUGGAAUAGCAUUUGCUGGCAAGUGGGUUUGGAAUAUGAAAGACUACAUCGAUAGAAGCUUCAUGAAACUAUUUAAUCCCAAUUAUCUCUUCAAAGAUUUCUAGACAAGAGGAUAUGAAGAGCCAUUAGAAAACAAUGAGCUCUUUGAGAAUGAGAAGUCAGAUGAAAAAUAGGUUACAGAUAAAAUAAGGGAAAGAAUUAAUGCCUUAAAUUCAAAGGACAGCGCAGUCACUUUGUUAGCUGGUGAAGAUCAUGAAGAGUUCUUUGAGCAAUUAUUCGUUUUAGAUAGAAUGGCUAGAGAUGAGCAUUUCUGCAAUGAAGUUGUCGACAAUUUUAGAUAACUCAAAAAUAAAUGA